AAAAAAAUGAUUGUGUCAGAUGCAAUUCCAGUUAAAAUAGUUGUAGUUGGAGAUUCAAAGGUUGGAAAAACAUCUUUGAUCCUUAGUUACAUAAAGUAAAAAGUGGGAAGAUAAUCAGAAUCAAAAUUAAAAUUUGAUUAUUAAAUAAUAGAACAUGAAAACUAUUAUGUAGCUGUAUGGGAGAGUAUCGGAUAAAAGUAUUAAUAAGACGUUCCUAAAUUAAUUAUUAAAGAUGCUGAUGGAAUAAUAUUAUGUUUUGAUGUCAACAAAUAAUUUAAUUUCAAAUCAAUAUAAUCUUAGAUGGAAAUUUUAGUUGAAUAAUGUCCAUUUCAAUGUUAAUUUUUAUUGGUUGGAACGAAAAAAGAUUUACCUUAUAAGAAUUCUGAAAUUGAAUUACAAGAUUAUUAUAAUAAAUUAUAGAGCAAAUUUGAAAGUUUAAGAGAUGUAUAUUUUACUUCCAUUUCUUAAGAAGAGUCGAUUAUGAAAGUAUUUUAAUUGAUUAUCAAAUUGAGUGCCGAAGCUAAGUAAAAUAGAGCAUCAUCGAUAAAUUUUCAAGUAAAUAAAUAAAAAUAAAAAGAGUAUGUUAUCAUAUAAAAGUGAGAAUCGAUAAGAAAUAUAUGGGUCAUAAAUAUCGGUGAAUACAAAUUCAAAUGAUGAAUAAAAUUUCUAAUUAGUUUAACUUCAAAAUCC